AUGUCCAUACUGCGGGCUGAACUAUCGACUUGUUAUACACUGUCACAGAAUAAUCAAUCUUUCAACGAUAACGGUUGCUCAGUAAGUUUCGAUAAAUCGCUUUGUUGGUUAAAAGCCGAAUAUGGGGCAAGAGUGGAAAGAUUAUGUCCAUUCAUUUAUUGUCCAUCAGUUCCUGGAUGUGAAGAAAUAGCAAAUAGUCAUAUGGUUAGUCGAGUAUGUGGAAUGAAUGGUGAAUGGAAUGAUUCGAAUUAUAGUCAAUGUAUUGAGGUUAUCGAUGAUUAUAGGCACUGUAUACAAGCAUACUGUAACAAGUGUCCGAAUUUACUUCAUGAUCUUGUCAUCUACGUGUCAUUAAUUCUCUCGAUUCUUUCCGUUACACUUCUAGUCAUCGCUAUAUUACUUUUUUCUAUAUUCGAUUCGAUCCAGUGUCAACGCUUGUCAAUCCACAAAAACCUCGCAACUGCUUUCGUCUUUCGAUUCGCUGUAUUUGCUAUUUGGACAAUUGUGCAAUCAACAAAUCUUUUCAAGGAUUGUACCACAUUUGUUCCACAAAAUUUAUGGGAUUAUGAAUGGAUCUGCAAAGCAAUUCUUUGGUUUGUGUUAUAUUUCCAGGUGGCUUCUGUGAUAUGGAUGUUAAUCGAAGGAGCCUAUUUAUAUAGUCGUUUCACAAUUUUUGCUAUGCGUCAUAGUGAUGCUCCAUGGUUUUUGUACAUGCUUUGUGGAUGGGGUGUUCCACUAAUUGUUGUAAUUUGUUGGACGAUAGUACAUGAAUAUAAAUCAAGGCAACAAAAUUCAUUUUGUUGGGUUCCAUAUGCUCAAGGAAAUCACCUGGUAAUAUUGUCUGGAACGAUUGGUUUUGCACUUAUUAUGAAUUUUAUAUUUCUGCUCGGCAUUGUUGUUAUCCUUGUGCAAAAAAUACGAGCAGAAAAUUCGGCUGAAUCAAAGAAAAUAUGGCGUACGAUAAAAGCAACGUUGUUACUGGUCCCAUUGCUUGGCAUCUCAAAUAUUCCACUAUUUUACGAACCCGAUCGACCUGGUCCAGCGUAUAUGCUGGGAUCUGCUGUGUUCCAGAAUUCGCAGGGAAUUUUCAUUGCUGUACUGUACUGUUUUCUAAAUAGCGAAGUACAAAAUGCAGUGAAAAGGCAAUUAUCAAAAGUGCCGAUAGCAUUUUUCAAGCCAAGGCCAAGAUUCGAAACCGAACGAACAUAUGUACCGGAAAUUAGAAAUAUUACUAAACAUGGUAUGGCAAUGGAAGAAUUAAAUGGUACAAAAAAACUCCCACAAGAAACAACACCUCUGAAUCAGGUGGUUCCGGAAUCGCAAAUCUUCUCCGUAUCCACGGCGCCAAGUUCUCGUUCACCGGAUGAGGCCGAUUAA